AUGGGUACAAAGGCCAAAGAGGUGUACAACCUGUCACAGAAUGUCCAGGAAGACGAUCUCCAGCAUCUACAGACUAACCUCAAUUGUUGUUGUUUUUUCCCGUUCCAGGCCUAUAUCAAGAUCUACCAAGGAGAAGAGCUGCCUCAUCCGAAGUCCAUGCUGCAGGCCACAGCAGAAGCAAAUAACUUGGCUGCUGUUGCCACCUCCAAGGACACUUACAACCGGCGAAUGGAAGAGGUGUGUGGAGGCGAUAGGCCCUUCCUUGCCCCCAGCGACCUCCAGAGCAAACACUUGGAGCUGAAAGAGGAGGCGGUGCGGCAGUUCCGGAGCGUGAAGAAGAUGGGGGGCGAGGAGUUCAGCCGCCGAUACCUCCAGCAGCUGGAGAACGAGAUUGACGAGGUCUAUGUCCAGUACAUCAAGCACAACGACAGCAAGAACAUCUUCCACGCCGCCCGCACGCCGGCCACCCUCUUUGUGGUCAUCUUCAUCACCUACGUGACGGCCGGCGUCACCGGCUUCAUUGGAUUGGACAUCAUAGCCAGUCUGUGCAACAUGAUCAUGGGGCUGACCUUGAUCACCCUCUGCACGUGGGCAUACAUUAGGUAUUCGGGGGAGUACAGAGAGCUCGGGGCCGUCAUAGACCAGGUGGCUGCUGCGCUGUGGGACCAGGGGAACACCAAUGAGGCUUUGUACAAACUUUACAGUGCAGCCGCGACACACAGACAUUUGUACCACCACGCUUUCCCCGCGGCGCAGAAGGCGGAGGCUGCCGAAGGCACGGAAAAGAAGACCAUGUAACAACCCGCGAGACGCUUUCCACGGAGGUGCAUGAAAACACAUAAAUGAAACAUGUUAAUCGUUGCAUCCACGACCAAGCUCAGACACACCUCAAAACAAAGGGGUGGGCAGGGAGGAAACUGGUAACCCUUCACCUGUACCAAUGGCUUAAGUGUAGCUACUUUAAUUUGGACAGUGCCCUCUUUGAUGGGGGAAGGGCAUUUCGGCACGCCUGUCAUUUUCUCAAGAACACCAUGGCUUCGUUUCACUCCAGACAGGGGACCUGACUUCUCAGUUCCCCAGAAUCCCCUGCUCGCUUAAAAUCCUACUUCUCCAGGUUUAAAGUACUGACCCAAAGAAGCAAGCAGUUGCUUUAUUCUCCUUGCCGGGGGUGUGGGGGGGGGGUGUCCUCCAUCCAAGGUUGGGGCCCUCUGAGCAGUGGUGGGAUUCAAAUAAUUUAACAACUGGUUCCGGUUGUGGGAUUCAAAUAAUUCAACAACUGUAUAUUG